AUGCCUCCGCCAACUUCAUCAAUGCCAGCCACUGCCACAAAUGCAUUAACCAAUGAUAUUGAUGAACUUUCCAAGCAAUUUGGAAAAAAGCUUGCAUCAAAAUUUAAGAAACAAUUUUUUGUUAGUAUUAAUUUACCAUCCGAUAAUACUGAUAAUACGAUAUUAAUCUUUGCUGAAAAGAAAGUAUUGGAAUUGAUUAAAGAAAUAUUUCCAUAA